AUGUCUAGUAAUCCUUUCCUUGAACAAGUGAGGUCUUCAUUCCAACGUUCGAGAUCUUUGAACGCAGGGCCAUCUUUGCAACCAAAACGGGUGAUCUCUGAAAUUCAGAAUCGUCUAGAAAGAGAGUUAGCAACUGCAAAAGAGCAAGCCAUUGCCACAUUUGAAGGUCUUGCUAUCCACACUGACCUCCCAGGGUCUUCACCUUCAAAUUCUGAAUCAAGUUCAGACCAAGAAGAAGAAGAGAUGGCUGCCAAUGAGUUCAUGGGAGACCUUGAUAUCCCAACAAUUCCAGCAUCCCCUUCAAGCAUCUUGCUGCCCACCGCAGCUCGAAACUAUGAGCUUAAAUCUUCUCAUCUUAAUAUGCUCCCUUCUUUUUAUGGUGUGACGGAAGAGCAACUUCGAAUGAGAGUGUUUCCGUACACUUUGAAAGAUAAGGCGAAAUAUUGGUUGAAUUCUUUGAAGCCUGGUUCACUCAUGACUUGGGGAGCCAUUCAAAAAAAGUUCUUGGAGAAAUAUUUCUCCACGCAAAAAACCGACAUGCUCAGGGACAAGAUCUUUCUAUUUGCACAACAAGAUGAUGAGUCGUUUUGUGAAGCAUGGGAGAGAUUCAAAGGGCUGCUCAAUCAAUGUCCUCAUCAUGGGAUUCCAUUGAAGCUUCAGAUGCGUAUGUUUUAUAAAGGACUAACCCCCUCUAGCCAUAAUAUUUUCACUAAUUUUGCAGGUGGUUCUUAUAAGACUAAAACUCCGGAAGAAACAUAUGAACUCUUUGAGGAGAUAGCAAUGGAGACCCAACACACCGAUACAAGAGGUAAACGUAUUGCUGGUGGUUCUAAUGAUUCUUCCAGUGUGCAGAUUUCCAAAUUGGAACAAAAGCUAGAUGCCCUCCUUGCAUUGAACUCAAGAAACCCUUUGAAGGAAGUGUGUAGCAUCUGUGAAACUCAUGAUCAUCCUACCAUUUCUUGUCCCUUUGGGGCUGCAUAUCCAGAAUUUGUGCAAAAGCAAGCUAAGUUGGUGAAUUCCUACAACCGAGGUCCAAUAAAUGACCCAUAUUCUCAAAGUUAUAAUCCAGGUUGGAGGAAUCAUCCAAACUUUUCAUGGAGGAAUACACAGAAUCAAGCGAAUCCCCCUUCACUUCAAAGGCCACAACAAUCAUCAUCGUUGGAGGAUAUAGUGAAGCAAAUGGCAAUCAACCAAUCAAAUUUCCAGCAAACAACACAAGCUGCCAUCUCCAAGUUGGAAGUCCAAUUGGGCCAGAUAGCUACUGAAAUAGCUCAAAGAGAACCUGGGAAAUGGCCAAGUCAAACCGUGAUCAAUCAAAAAAACCAAGAAGCCAAGGCCGUUCAUGUGCUCAGAUCAGGUAAGAUUGUUGAUAACAAAGUUGGUUCUGAUCUAUCAAAUGAUGUUGUGGUUGUAGAGGAUGAAGAUGAAGAGGAAACCACAACUAUGGAAGGAGAACAACCCAAAACGUCCCAAUCUGCUCCUAAGGCCAAAUCUGAUUCUCAGGAACCCAAUCCAUUUCAAUUGCAUAAAAGAGAUGACAAAUUUGUGCCAUCACAUCUUCAUCAAGAUAGAUACAUCCCACCUCCUCCAUAUAUUCAACCGAUUCCAUUUCCAGGCCGUUUGAAGAAAGCAAAUCAAGAUAAGGCUUUUAAAGAGAUUUAUGAUAUUUUGAGUAAAGUUAAUAUCAAUUUGCCCUUGCUUGAUGUUGUUAAACAGAUUCCUGCAUAUGGAAAGUUCAUCAAGCACUUGAUGACUCACAAGCUCAAUUUUACUCCAAGUGAAGAAGUAAAGCUCAACAAGAAUGUGAGUGUUGUGUUGCAAAGGAAGCUUCCACCAAAACUAGAAGAUCCUGGCAGCUUUAACAUUCCCAUUAACAUCGGAGAUAAGGCGGUUGGAAGAGCCAUGUUGGACUUGGGAGCAAGCAUCAAUGUAAUGCCAUAUUCAGUUUAUCAGGCGCUUGGCUUAGAAGGGAUAAAGAAAACCUCAAUUAGUCUUGAACUAGCUGAUCAUUCUAUCAAAUAUCCAAGAGGUAUUGUAGAAGAUAUUUUAGUUCAAGUUAAUACACUCAUUCUUCCGGCUUAUUUUGUAGUGAUGGAUAUGGAGGAUAACCCAUAUGUAGACCGUGUUGAUCCCAUUCUCCUCGGGCGACCAUUCAUGGCCACUGCAGACACAAUCAUCAAAGUGAAAGAUGGCACCCCCUCCAUGACUGUUUUGGGUGAAACUGUUGAAUUUAAAGUGUUUGAUGCUCUGUCUCAACCUUCUAUCACUCUUGAUACUUGUUUUUCAAUUGAUGUUGUGGAUCAUGAGGUUUCUUCUAAAAUUGAGCAGAAAAAGUCUAAUGAUGCUUUGGAAGCGGUCCUAACACAAGAAGAGGAAGAUCUCUUUGAAUCAGAGUGCCAAGAAGUGAUGGCUGCCUUAGAAGUGUUUCAACCAUACCCACCAUCCUUUAGGCCACCACUUGAGCCUCUUGCAUCAUCCUCCACAAAAUUGGAGCCAUCCAUUAUCCCCCCACCAAAGCUAGAACUUAAACCUCUACCCAAUCAUCUUAAAUAUACUUAUUUGGGUGCUAAUGAAACCCUCCCUGUUAUAAUUGCUGCAAGUCUCACUUCACAUGAAGAGGACAGUUUAAUUGAAGUUCUGAAAGAACAUAAAACAGCCCUUGGAUGGACCAUAGAAGACAUCAAAGGAAUUAGUCCAAGCAUGUGCAUGCACCGAAUUUUAAUGGAAGAAGACAGCAAACCAUCUCGUGAUGCACAAAGGAGGCUAAAUCCCAAUAUGAAGGAGGUGGUUAGGGCUGAAGUUUUGAAGCUACUUGAUGUGGGAAUCAUCUACCCAAUUUCAGAUUCUAAGUGGGUGAGUCCUGUGCAAGUGGUUUCAAAGAAGUCCGGAAUCACCGUUGUAAAGAAUGAGAAGAAUGAGCUAGUUCCAACACGCACUAUCACCGGAAUUCAAGUGGACAAAGCCAAGAUAAAUAUCAUCACAAAUCUACCACCCCCUUCCUCUGUUAAAGGAGUUAGAAGCUUUCUGGGCCAUGCCGGAUUCUAUAGAAGGUUCAUAAAAAAUUUUUCAAGCAUUUCAAGACCAUUGUGUAAUCUCCUUGCUAAGGAUGCUGUUUUUGAGUUUGACAAGAUUUGCAUGGAAGCCUUUACGACUUUGAAGAAAGAGCUAACUUCAGCCCCUAUUAUCAUAGCUCCAGAUUGGUCUUUACCAUUUGAAAUAAUGUGUGAUGCCUCUGACUUUGCUAUUGGUGCAGUUUUAGGUUAAAAGAAGAACAAGCUUCCCCAUGUGAUUCAUUAUGCAAGUCGGACCUUGAAUGAUGCCCAACUCAAUUACUCCACAACAGAACAGGAGUUGCUUGCUGUGGUUUUUGCUUUAGAAAAAUUUCGUCCUUACCUUGUUGGUUCUAAAGUAAUUGUUUAUUCUGACCAUGCUGCUCUUAGAUACUUGCUCACUAAGAAGGAUGCCAAACCUCGCUUGAUCAGAUGGAUUCUCUUGUUGCAAGAGUUCGAUUUGGAGAUUCGAGACAAGAAGGGAUGUGAAAAUGUGGUGGCUGACCAUUUGAGCAGAAUUGUGGUUGAAGAGCAAGGAGAAGCUGUACUACCAUUGAAUGAGACUUUUCCAGAUGAACAACUAUAUGUUGCCCAAGUCAAAGAGCCAUGGUAUGCUGAUUUUGUUAAUUAUCUUGCUUGUGGUGUUCUUAGAAAUGAUCUAACUUAUCAGGACAAAAAAAAGUUCUUUUCCAUGGUGAAACAUUAUGUCUGGGAUGAACCUUUCUUAUUCAAGCAUUGCCCAGAUCAACUCAUUAGAAGAUGUGUUCCAGAAGAAGAACAUGAAAGCAUCCUUAGGCAUAGCCACGAAUUGGCUUGUGGAGGCCACUUUGGAGCCAAGAAAACAGCAAUUAAAAUUUUGCAAUCAGGUUUCUUUUGGCCUACUCUAUUCAAAGAUGCAUUUAAUUUUUGUGUUAAGUGUGAUAGGUGUCAAAGGAUGGGAAACAUAAGCCGCAGGAACGAACUGCCAUUGAAGAACAUACUCUUUGUGGAACUCUUUGAUGUAUGGGGUAUUGAUUUCAUGGGACCAUUCCCAUCUUCCUUUGGUUAUACCUACAUACUUGUUGCUGUUGAUUAUGUGUCUAAAUGGGUGGAAGCCAUAGCCACCAAAACCAAUGAUCAUAAGGUGGUCCUGAAGUUCUUGAGGGACAAUAUUUUCACAAGGUUUGGUACUCAAAGGGCUGUCAUUAGUGAUGGAGGCAGCCACUUCUGCAACAAGCUAUUUGAAGCACUCAUGAAGAAGUACAAUAUCACCCACAGAGUCUCUACACCAUAUCAUCCUCAAACUUCUGGUCAAGUAGAAAUAAGCAACAGAGAAAUUAAGCAGAUCCUAGAGAAGGUGGUGAAUAGUACAAGGAAAGAUUGGGCUGCCAAGCUCAAUGAUGCAUUAUGGGCUUAUAGGACUGCAUAUAAGACUCCCAUCGGAAUGAGCCCUUAUCGUCUUGUGUUUGGGAAAGCCUGUCACUUGCCAAUGGAGCUUGAACACAAUGCUUUUUGGGCCAUCAAGAAGUUGAAUUUUGAUCUGGACAAGGCCGGCCAUGUUAGAAAGUUUCAGCUCAAUGAAUUGGAAAAAAUUCGACAUGAGUCCUAUGAGAAUGCAAAGCUAUACAAAGAACGUACCAAGAGUUACCAUGACAGGAACAUUCAACGGAAAGAAUUCACCAAAGGUAUGUCGGUUCUUUUGUUUAACUCACGUUUGCGUCUCUUUCCAGGAAAAUUGAAGUCUAGGUGGCUUGGCCCAUUCACCGUGGUCAAUGUAUCUCCCUAUGGAGCUGUGGAGAUUCAAAAUCCUAAAGAUGGCUCGACUUUCAAAGUAAAUGGACAACGUUUAAAGCCAUUCUAUGAGGGAGUGUCGGUUGGAAUUCAAACUGGUCAUGUGGUGGAUCAUCUUCCCUUCGUACAAUCAAGUUAGCUAAUGGCAUAAUGUCUUGCCAAGACAUUAACUAAGGCGCUUCUUGGGAGGCAACCCAUGUGUUGAAGAAUAAGGUGCUUGGUAGCGGUCGACCUAAUCGCAUCAAGAGGGAGUUUCUCUAAUACUUUGUCUUAAACUUUGCCCUUAUUAUUCACAUG